AUGAAAUUCUUCGUGCUCGUGAAGGUCUGCCCGAACUGCCAAUUGGACGGUGCCACGUUGUUGGAGGUCAACGUGCGACCGUCACUACCGGUGACCCUGAACGACAGGGCCUGGCCAACAAGGAGCUCGUCUGAUUGCCAGUUUUGGCCCCAGUUGCACUUCAUGUCUAUCUACUCCGGUUUCGUGCCCUUCACGCUCACGCUAACGAUAUCCCCUGCGCCUGCAACGUUGGUGAUCAGUACCAAGUUGAAGUACUGGCAGCCGUUGAUUGUGAAUCUUAUCCCGCCUUGCUUUCUGCACGGCACUCUGAAGAAUAACAGAGAAAAAGAGAAGGCAUUCGACUUAGAUGCAGUUAUAAAUUUUCUAUGCCCACUCGCAAAAAUAGUUGGAUUUGCUUUGCAGGGGUUUGUUUGUUGGAAGUUAAACAAGCUGAGUAGAGCUCGAGCUACUGAUAAUCAACAUUCGAGCUUUUACUGA